AUGCCCCUCGCACCGGUCCAACCAAUCUCGGCUCUGGUUUCCCACCUCGUCGCGACUCCCGUCUUUCCUGGGUACUUUCCGGUAGCUCGGUUGGGGACACUACAUGCUGCUCGAGUGGCGGUGGUAUGGGCAGGCAUGACCAAGAGCAAGCGGGUGGCUAGGCGGGAAAAAGUGGGAAUGAUGGGGGAUCUAUUUGGCUAUCUGAUGCUCUGCUGGGGCGGUGGAACCGUCGUCCCAAUGCUCCUCGGUCAACCACCCGCUUGGCUCCUCACAUCCACUCCCUGGUACACCUAUCUCCCCAUCUACCUCCUCCUCGUCCCUACUGGUCUCGCCGAGUACUUUCACUCAACGUGUCCUGCCCUUCUCUACAACGUCGGCGGCGCCCUCAUCGAUGGUAUCACUCGCGGAACGUCCAUAUGCGCCCUCCCAUCUGCCAUUGCAGCCGCCCGCCUACCUGCUACAGCGUGGACCACCGCCGUUCUCGGCGGGGUCGCUAUGACAGGCGGGGGCUUCCUCGUCCAGCUCAUGGGCCUACACCAGGAGGACUGGCGCCUGGGCAUGCCUACUAUUCUCAAGGGAGGCGUCCUGAACACCCUCGACUUCUGGGGCGGUAUGCUCGGGGCGAUCCUAUACGCGGCUCUGCUACGACGUACGGACGAGCUCGCACCACUCUCAAAGCUCCUCGGCCGUGUCCUCCCCGCCGACCUGCUCGUGCGACAAAGCCCCAUGUCGGCGCACGGAGGAGAAAUGAUGGUGCGCGAGACCGCUCGCGGGCUGGUUGUCUUCUUCCUGGCUUCGCUGUUCCUGGCGAGAGUGAUUACGCUGGCGGUGCUCUCGCCGAGGCCGGUGCUGGGCCAGGCGAAGAAGAUGGACAAGGAGGAGAAGGAGAUUGUUGAGGCGGUACUGCACGAGAAGGUGGGCGCAGUGCAAGGAGGAGAGGGACCGGCUACGCGCGCGAGAUCAAGAGCUGGUACACCGAAGAAGAGUCCCAAGGUGAAAUCUAGCUAG